UAUCCGAGAUUUUACACUAGAACAUGCGUUCGCUCUCUUCCGCUCUGACACUUUUUCUCUCGCUCCUCGUAUCCACCGUAUAGUAUGCUGCCUCGACUCAGUGCCCCAGUGGCGAUGAUCUCUGCCAUGUGGCUCUUAUCCCCGAGAUGACUCAUAAACGAUCGUCUUUCUACCUUCCUUUCUUUCUAUUCAUUGUUGCUACGGGGAUUGUUAACUACAUUUUUUCUUUGGAUGCGGAGUAUGCCGUUGACAUGUACCAAGUUUCUUCAAGCACGAUAGCAAGAACCAAACAAUACAAAUUUCUUUUUUUCUCUCUUGUUGUUAUAUCCCUUUUUUGCUUUUUUUAUGGACUACCACAUGGUGUACCUGCGCAUUUCUGGCGUCAUUGUUCCCACUGAAAAAUAAAAUAAAAAUCUCGGACACGCCUUUGUUCAGCAUUGGCUUAGCUAGCUGGGCUGAGCUAAGGUAGGUUAAUGGUCU